GGGGGGGGGUCCAGUUGGAGACCGGAGAAUAGGGAAAUAGUAGUUUGGGAACUAACGGCCGUCGACGUCGGGAGGAUCAUAUCGGCGACGUAGGGUAUAAAAGCAGAAAAGAAGAAGAAGAAGAGAAAAAAUAAGAAAGAAAAAAUAAAGGAGUUGAGGCGUUAUCCAAGGCCUGGCCUGGGCGAUAUAGGACAGGGGAGCUUUAGAAACGAAAGAGGGCGACCAAAGGGCUCUCCUCCCGAACGACUGGGAUCACGCCUCGCCGGCGACGCCCGCCGUUGUCGUCGUCGUUGUCGCUGUCGUCUCUGUUGUCGAGGGAUAUCCCUCCUAUUCGUGUGCAGAAAUAACCCACCCCGGAGACCAUUACCUCCUCUCCUAUUCUUCCCCCUCCCCGCCCCCUCACCUGACGUCUUGCUCCUGCUGGGUACCCCGUGUGUGUCUCUGUCCAUGACGGGCACUUCGCUCUGCUGCUGCACACCCACACUCUCCCAACGGGCCGCCGAGGCCAGCAAUGGAUCCGACCGGGGCCGACGCCUGGCCGGGCCCGCACCGCGCUCGGCAUACUCGCGCAGGAAAGGGCGUUCGCCCGAGGACGAGAGAGCAGGCAUCGCUAUACAGGGCGGAGGGAAGGGGGGUGGACGGAUGGACGUUGCCCUUUGCUCUCGUUGCACCCAGAUGGCGAUUUGCCAGUUCGUUCCGCAUGGGUAUACUGUGAUGGCACGUCACAUUGGGAGGCCUUGGCUGCCUGGCUGCUUGCCUGCCUGUGGACAUCGCCGUCGAGAAGGAGGAGAAGGAGGAGGAGAUAGUGUUGGUGGCGGUGGUGAGGACUGGUUUCAGAAAUGCUUCAUGAGAUGCUGGGGGGUGUGGUGGGAUGAAUUGGGGGCUGUUGGGUGGAUAGUGCUCAAAGGGAGUUUGAGCCCCGAGCCCCUUCUCUCUCCUUCUCUCACCUCCCCUCCCCCUCUUCUCUCUCUCUCUCGCCGCCUACGACAUGCUUAAUGAGGGGGCGAUAGCUAGGAUAGGAGGCGAGCUUUGAUGACAUUGCAUUGCUGAGGGGGGGCACGGGAGUGGACGAUCUCACGCACUCGUCGGGGUUACUGGAUGUCGUUUUAUUCACUAGAUGUCGGGUUUGUUUAUGGGCUCACCGUGGCCUUUCGGCUCU